UAUUAACCACUCUAUUCUUCUUUUUUUUUUUUGAUAAAGGGCUUUAUUAACCACUCUAUUCUCUUCAGUAAGCAUGUUGUAUUGUUUUUAUUAAUUAAUUGUCUGAGUAGAUUUACAUUCUUAGUACAUGUGCAAGGCCAUAAUUGUAUUAUAAUUUUUUUUGUUAAAGAAUAAUUGUAUUUUACUAUUUGGAGUGAAACUUAUAUGAAUGUACGGGAAAAAAAUUACAAUAAAUUCAAGGUCCUAGUUAUUGUCCUAUUAUGUAAUAAAUUCCUCUUGUUUUUUAAAGAGGCUUCUAAAAUGUUGAGAAACAGAUAUAGGCAUUUAUGCAUAAUAACCAUCGUGUCCAAGAUCCUAUUUUCUAGGUCUUUUGGUAGUAUUAUUGUUCUAUUUGAUAACAUACUUCAUCGCCAUCUUUAGACGAUGCACCGUUUUCUUCAUGGGCCGUUUCACUGGCUUUGUAGCAUCUGUUGACUGCAUCGGGUUUAGAUUUUAUCUUCGUCGGUCCUCGUUUAUUUAGAUAAUUUCCGGUAUUUUUUUUUGCAAAUUCAUAUUAAGAAAUGCUUAAUUUGUUAACCAUAAGUAAGGUCUGGUGAAAGUUCCAUUUAAUUUGAGAAAUACUGUAUGUUUAACACGAUUAAACAAUGGAAAUUUAUCAAUUAUCUCUUAAUUGAAAUUUUGCAAAGAGUUUACCAUCAAAAUGUUUUGUUAAUUAAGCGUCAAAAUUAAAUGAUAUUUCUUCUCGAAGUCUUUAAUAGGAGUAAAAAUAAUAAUAUAAGGGCACCGACAGUUUCUAUAAGAACAUGUGGCACGAGGGCUUGAGAAGACAGUACACAGUAUUCAAUCAAUCAUGAACACGACAUUUGAUGUGGUAACCUACUAAAGUUCGCAAUAUAUAUACUAUAAUUUUGUUGUGCAACAUUAUAAUAUAUAAGUUUCCAAAAUAUAUUAUUAAUUCUUUUGCUAAUGUUUAUAUAUUUAUUCUCCCGGGUCUCAAAUUGUUAAUAAUAUAAAUUUCUACGAACAAAUUUAGAAUAUUGGUAGCGUUGCUUCUCAAUAUAUAUCAAUAUAUCGGACUUUUGUGCGACGGCUAGGGUUUCCCAAAAAAUUUCUAGAUCUGCUCUCAAUCCUCCAUUUCUUCUGAUAUACCCUUAAGAUCCCAAUCAGCUUCGACAAGAAAAGAUCAAGCUGAAUCCAUUAAGCCAUAAUAGCUUCUACCUUCUCCCCAAAUCUCAGCUCCGUGUUUCAAACCCAGAUCUGCGAAUCUACUGAAUCGGGGCUCCUGAAUCCGACUGAGACGUCUCUAGUCUCUCAUUAGGCCUCUGUGGCUUCUCCGGUACACCGGAAAUAAACAUCUCUGGAAAAUGUUUCGACCAAAGAAGAAGAAAGAACUCUCCCUGGUGGAGGAACUUAAAGAGCUCGAGCUGCUUGAAGAUGGAGAAAUGGUUGACAUUCCGGAGCUAGAGAAUGACGAUCUCCUUGAAGAAAACUCUCUCAGUGUGAUUGUGAGAUGUCUAAACCCCUCAGCUCACAAAGUAGGUGGACUUGUCAAAGCAUUACCCCCGAUAUGGGGUCUUGAAGAUAGAGUUCAUGGAAGAGGAGUAGGUCCCGACCGUGUCCAGUUCAUCUUCCAAUCAGACAGGGAUCUUCACCAUGUCCUCACCAGAGGACCGUGGUUUGUCAAUGGAUGGAUAGUGGCUCUGGAUCAAUGGACCCCGACACCAUCUCCCGAUUUCCUCCGAAAGAUCCUUUUUUGGAUCAGGAUUCGGGGUCUACCAAUACACCUUCUCAAGAAGAAAGCGGUAGAUAGUCUAGUGGGGCCGCUAGGUGAAGUGGAGAAGGUGGAACUCCACGCAAAAAACUCCUCCUCAGUAGACUAUGUCCGGGCUCAGGUCUGGAUAAAAGCUGACGAGCCACUCCAAUUCCGUCGCAUAGCAAGAUUCAAGACAGGCGAAGUGAUCCCGACGGAGCUGGAAUAUGAAAGACUGAUCAAAGUGUGUUUCAUCUGCAAACGGCUAACUCAUGAUCAGACCAGAUGCCCAACUCAAAUGCAUCUUCUGGGACGAGAACCCCCUAACAGAGACCAGCACGGAACAGAAAGAGGAUCACAGAGAGGUCUACAGGGAGGAUCAAACUCACAAAAGGAGAUCGCUGCACCUACUCAAGCUCGAAAGACGACAACCCGCAAAAUCUCAAAAACACCGAGCCAGCGGAAAACUGUGGACCUGAAAGGGAAGGGUGUGGCGGGAGGCUCUACUAGAGUUUGGAAACAAAAAGACCUGACCAAACACCUAAGGGAGGAUGGAGCAAUCUCAAAGAGUUCUGGAGAGUCAUCUGCUCCUUACAGUAGGAAGUCCUCCUCAGGAAAAAAGAAGAAUCCCCAGAACAGAAUCACUCCCCCCAAGGAAACCAACAGAGAGCUAAUAUCGGUUUUUGAAAGGCUGAGUAGUGCAGAGGAUAACCAACUUGACCACACAAUCCUUCUAGAGCAGUCAGACCCAAAUACCAGUAGCUCCAAGGCGCUAUCUACCCCAAAGGACUCCCAUGAAGGACGCUCUAGCAAAGGAAGUCGCAGUCCCCCAUCAGUUUUCGAAAGGCUUGGCUCUGGCUCCAGAAACUCCUCAGAGAGAAAGCGCUUUGUAACAGAGGUAACAUCAUCCAAAAGAAGAAGGCUAAGCCAUAGUGGGGACAGGGAAUCAAAAAAGCCUCGAAUGGAAGAACAAGAAACAUCAGUGUUCAAGCGAUUGGGACACAAAAAUGGUGAUUCAGGAGAAAAGAACUCAGAAUCCCAUUUUCAUUCUGCUCAAGUAGCAGCUUCACACCCUCACCAUUCUGUCCGUAGGAUAGUAUUGGGGAGUGGUAAAAUCUUGGAAGAAGGGUUGAUGGAUAAUUCCAACCCUUCAAAGUCAUUAUGAGAAUUCUCAGCUGGAACUGUCAGGGGUUGGGGAAUACCCCUACAGUUCGACAUCUAA